AUGCGAGUGAGUCCCAUCGUAUUUUCGGCGGGGCUCGCCGUGUUGGGCGGUCGUACCGCCUGGGCAGAUGCAUCACCCCCCGAAUCCCCUGGAUAUGAAGCAAUGAUGAUCGCCGCAGCAGCCGCUGGUGUAACCACUGGCGCAACCACGAUGAAAACAAUAGGAUUUAUGAAACGAAGUCGCACGGAAUUAUCAACUGAAUUUUUUGUUAUUCCCGAUGUGGCUGAGGGGAGUGGAAAUGGUAGUGUGGGCAGUGUUGCGAGUGUUAUAAGUGUACCACCGCCCAAUAGAACGAUUUCUAUUAAUCAUCCUACGAGGAAUAUUGGGUAUGCCGAGGAUGGAAGGUUCACACCGGGGGUCUCUGUCAAUGCACCUUAUUAUCAGAAUAUUUUGAGGGAGCGGUCUUGGGCUCUACCGCUUGCCGCUCUCAGUGCAGCGGUCAUGCUGCUUAUGGCGGUUUUCGAAAUUUUUGUGUUAUUUAAGGCACGGGCAGCAGCUCCCAACAGGCGUCACCUGUUUCUCGGCCAAGCCCUCCUCUUAGGAUUAUUCAUGCUAGCUGGAUUAUCAGCAGCGGCUUCACUCGCUCCAAAUCCACUAUCAUGUGCAGCAUUUAGACUAGUUGGAUUACCAGCAGCACUUAUAUUUGCUGCUCUACUCGUCAAGUGCGUAUUUCUGCUUUCUCUCAACAGUGGAAUAUAUCUCCCGGCCCCUUAUCAGGCCCUCGUUCUACUCUUCGCUGUGCUCGUUCAAGUUGCAAUUGUCGGUCAGUGGUUUUACGGUGAAAGACCGGACGUUAUUCGACCGUGUAUCAUUGGGACAAAGAAGUUGCAAACAGCGUCGAGUAUUCAGUCUCAUUACACUUGCUGUAGGACACCUCUUGGACAGACUGUUGCAUCAUUAGGCUAUCCUGCGCUUUUACUUAUCGCCGUAGCAGGUCUGGCAAUAAGAGCACGUGGAAUACGCGACAAUUAUCGGGAAGCGGCAUUCAUCGCCAUUGCAGUGGGUCUGACGGUUCCAAUCUGGUUGACAAGUGCAAUCGGAACAAUAAUCGCCAGUGAAGUUGACCGAGAGGCAUGGCUGGCGUAUGGUCUCCUGUCCACAUCGCUCGUUCUCUUCCUCACGAUGUUCUUGCCUAAAGGACGUCAAUUAGCAGCGCUAGGGCGCGAGGGACCCGGGGGAAUCCCCAGUGUCAUCAUGAGGAACGACAGAAUGGGCGGAAGGAGAGAUCGGGAUGACGAUCAUCUCAGCUCUCUACCUGGGAGUGGGUACUCCUUCUUUCAUUUUAAACCUGCUGAGGGGGGUUCAUUUAAACGGAAAAUGGAUUAUCAUAGUACAGAUCGCAUUGCACUGGUGUCUUCGGCGCUACCUGGAUGUAAUGCAUGCCGACAUGGCAACAGUCCCGUUUACUCUGACGAUAUGCAGGGGCCACCUUUGGAGACGUUUGUGUUACCACACGGAAUGUAUAUACCGGAUUCAGAGCUGAAUGCUGCCAAUCUGUACACAACACUCUCUGCGAAUCCCAAUGUGUUCUUCCAACGCGCUCAUCCUGGCAUGAUCUACUGAUAAUUAAUUACUGUGGAGUGGGAGAUAUUGUUUCAUAUGAAGAGUCAUUAUGCUUAAUGGAUGAAUGUUUCUAUUUUUUGUACUUUUAUAUGUCCAUGUAUGUCGUAUGAGUUUGAGGAGUUCAGUAAAGACGUGAUAAAAAAAU